UCGAUUUCGUUACCCUAGCAUCUAUCUUGCCAUCUCGCUUCUUUCUUCUCUGCCCCUCUUCUAAAUCUCGUCGGAUUUCCCCGCACUGUGCGGCUAUCGGUUGAGAUCGAGAUCUCAGGGAUCUCUAUGAUGUCUUUUGAGCUUGCAGGUUGACACCAAUCCUACAACAUUAAUAUUGUUAUCUCGUGCAUCAAUUUGGCAGAUUGUAUUGUUUGCUUGGCAUUAUCUUGUAGCAAUGGAGAUUCAAACUUCUGGAAAACCCAUUGAUACUUUACUAGAGAAGGUGCUUUGCAUGAACAUUCUUUCUUCUGAUUACUUCAAAGAACUAUAUAGGUUGAAGACAUACCAUGAGGUAAUCGAUGAGAUCUACAACCAAGUUGACCAUGUGGAGCCAUGGAUGACCGGAAAUUGUAGGGGUCCGUCGACAGCAUUUUGCCUCUUAUACAAGUUCUUCACUAUGAAGCUCACUGUCAAGCAAAUGCAUGGACUAUUGAAGCAUCCUGAUUCUCCAUAUAUAAGAGCUAUUGGUUUUCUAUACUUGCGAUAUGUUGCCGAUCCAAAGACAUUAUGGGGAUGGUGUGAUCCUUACAUAAAAGAUGAAGAGGAAUUUUCUCCUGGGUCCAAUGGGCGAACGACAACAAUGGGGGUAUAUGUACGGGAUCUUCUUCUUGGACAGUAUUAUUUUGACACACUUUUCCCUCGGGUACCAGUUCCUGUCCUGCGGCAAAUCACAGGCAAUCUUGAGAAACUCAAGCUACCAACCAAGCACUCUGGUGUCACUGGGGAUUCCAAUCGCCAUGGCUGGGAUGACACUGCUCGUCGCCCACCUUCUGUGAAAGCUGCUCUUUCUGUGUCAUUUGGACAACGUGCUCCGCAUCGCGCAUCCACCAGGGAUGCCUCACCAGUUCGGAGGACUAUUACACCACCUAGGGACAAAAACCACAGCACAGAACCAAGGUCAUCCCCAGGACAUCGCCGCAGCCAUAGUCGUGAAGGGCCUGAUCGUCACAAUUCCGACAGAGAUCGCUCUCAUGACCGAGACCGAGUUCGGGAUAGGGAUAGAAAGCAUGACUAUGAUGGUCAUAGUGAUCGGGACCUCCGGGGGAGGGACUCUUACAGAUCGAGAUAUUCUACGAGGGAUGGUGGUAGCACAAGGGAUUAUGAAAGGAGUGGACGCGACCAUGAUCGCCACAGAAGAUCUCGAUCGAGCAGGAGCAGGAGCCGUAGCUUAGAUCGUCAUCGUAGUCCCCUCAAAGAUUUAAGCAAGGAUAAGGCUGCUCCCAUCUCAAGCAAUCUGGCGAAGUUGAAGGAUCUGUAUGGUGAUGCAAGUGACGCCAAGGGAAAUGGUACCGACUACAAGUUCUCAAAGGAUACCAGUUCUGAAGAGGUUAUUAGAUUGGGAGGUUCAACAUGGAGGUAGUGCAAAUUGACAAAAGACAUCUUAUCAAAUAUUUGAAUAUGAUGAUGGUGUUGGCCGAAUUUCUUCUCUGAUUUGCAUUAGAGGCAUUUCAGAAGGUGAAGCUGGUAAAUCUCCAUCUGAAUUUCUCUAAUGGUGGUUGUUUACCUAAAAAAUAUAUAUAUUUCAAUUCAAUCAUUGGAAUUUCCUUUUAUUAUCUGUAUGUGGACAUGGGGAAAUUCGUUGUUUAUGUUGCAGGCCCCUUUAGAUUAAAUUACAUUACUCGUUAUAUAUGUGCACUCUUUUCAACUAAAUAGAUAUAUUUCACUUGGAGAGUUUUAAGCCUA